GUUCUCUUCCCCUUCACGCCAUCAUUCACUUCUCUCUAUCUCUCUCUCAACAACCUUUGAUCUUUCUGUGCGUGUCUAAUAAACCCUCUGUUUUUAUAUUUCAGAGCUGUCUCUUCUUGUUCCCAAACUCAAAAACAAGGAAUUUCCAAAACGACCACCAUCGCGCAGACCUUCACUUCUUGGAAUCUUUAUGUCCCUCUCAACUCAAAGCUUCAUCUUCCUCAACAUCACACUUAAUUUCUGACCUUCCCAAAGCUUUAAAUCUCGUUUCCAACACUCAUCAAUGGCCGCUAGGAAUGAAAUCAUCACCAACGAAUCCAAGAGUGUGGUUCCAUUGAAUACAUGGAUUCUCAUAUCAAAUUUCAAGGUUGCUUACAGCAUGCUCCGCCGUGCCGACGGCACAAUCAACCGUGACCUGGCGGAGUUUCUCGACCGGAAAGUCGCCGCCAAUGCAAUCCCAGUCGCCGGCGUAUACUCUUUCGACGUGAUCAUCGAUCGAUCAGUCGGCCUUCUCAACCGAAUUUACAGGCCAUCACCGGAAAAUGAAUCUCAAUUUGGCGUCGUAGAACUCUUAAACCCAUUGAGCACCGAUGAAAUCGUCCCCGUAAUCAUCUUCUUCCACGGUGGAAGCUUCACUCACUCCUCCGCCGACACCGCCAUCUACGACACCUUCUGCCGCCGCCUUGUCGGCCUUUGCAAGGCCGUCGUGGUGUCCGUGAAUUACCGGCGAUCGCCUGAACACCGGUAUUAUUUGUGAGAUAUUUUGUAUUUAUUGUAUUAUAUACUGCUAGUACUAUAAGGAGCCUUUUACAGAGGUGGAGGUGACCCAAGAGAUUCACUAGACCUCUUUGUGGGGUCUGAGGAUUUGAUGAUAUAUAUUUUUAUUUUCGGAUGGCCUUCUCCAAUCUAAAAUUUGUUGAUUGGAUUGUCCAGUUGGGCCCCUAAAGGACCUCAACUAACAUGUUACGAUCUUCCUAUGUUUAAAUUGUAUGAAUUCAAUAAUUCUUAUCAUUUUUUUAAAUUUUUUUUUUGUAUUUAAAAAUAUAUAGUUUACUUUUAAAAUUAUUUUUAUGAUUCAUUUUUUUGAAAAAAGAAAAGAAAAACUUAUUUUAUUUUAUGAAUGAUCUACGCAUUGAAAUUUACAAUUGAAUUAUCGAAAUUAGAUCCGUGUCUCACGGACCCAACUAGAUGAUUCAAUCCCCAAAUCAUUUGGACUAGAGAGGUGCUAAUCUUUUACCAAAUAAAAAAUAAAAAAUGCAGAGUCGUUCUUGUUAUCUUUUUAUUGUGUAUAGUGAAUUUUGAUAUUUUCCUUGUGGUAGACGGUAGGCAUCCCUCUGAAUCACCAAUAUUCUAUGAUUUGUGUUUUCCAUGUACCUGUUUGUUCUUUUAUGUACUAUUGUGUG